UUUUAGUCUCCAUUUGUUUUGCAAACGGGGCGAACGUGCGAAUUGAAUCAGUGUGAACGCGACGGGCGCGGACUACUGCUUGAGUGGGAGGGUGCGUAUCGAAACCCAGUGGGAUCGAUCAUCACGGAUUCGAGUGAACCUUUUUGCGGUUGAAGAACUGAAGUGUGAUCUGAUUCAUCGGUGUUGUCACAAUAUCUGUGUGUGAGAGAGAGAGGGAGAGCGGGGCUUGGCACAUGCCCCAGCGAAGCGUGGGGAGGUUGUUGUGCAGGGGGGAAUCAUAGUUAGCCCUGUGUGGUGGUGCUGCUGCGUCUAUGUUGGGUAUGCGGUUUUUGUUCCUGCCUGAGGAGAGCGAAUCGAGCGCGAGUGCGUGAAAGUGAAAAAAAAUAGUGAGCGAGAGCGCUCGCUCGGGCGAAUAUAGAGAUUCAUUAGUGUCAGUUGAGUUUUUGUUUGCCCCAGGUGGAGCCAGUUGCGGCUGGCGUUCGGACAAAAUGAGUAGUGACAUGAGAUUGACCAUCAGCGAAGACGAGCACCACGGGUUCGGCACGGGUACCGCUGGUGGUGGUCGGAAGUUUUUCUACCACGAAGACGACGAUGACGAGGAGCAGGGAGAGUUCUAUAGUUUCGAUCCGAGCGAUCUAGACCAGUUCGGUGUUGGUUUGACGGCGGAGUUGAAAAUUCGCGAAUCACACGAAAAGCUUAACUUGGAUAUCAACCGGAACGAUCUGCUGCGAAGUGGUGACCGCCGGUUACAUCAAACGGUUAACGACAAAGUGUUACUACGUGAUGGUGUAAGUGGUGGGAGUCCUAGUGGGGAUAGUGUUUUCGAUGGAAGUUCCUGUUCGCCGGAGGACGACGAACGGACUGGUGGUGGUCAGACCAGUGGGGUAGCGGGUGUUGAUGAGGCCGAUCGGAGCUUCGACAGUUUUGUGGGAAGCCAGCGAUCGUCAGCUGAUCAGGAUCACCACAAUAUCGACGCACACCGCCAGUAUCAUCGGCUUUCGGUUUGCCAUACCGGGGAUGAGUUUAGUUCCGAUGAGGACGAAGCGUUUGUGGAGCUGCUGGAGAAGGCAAAUCAUAUAGCGGAGGCCCGCUUGGCAGCCCGGCGACAAGCACGUGCGGAAGCACGCGAGAUUCGGAUGCGGGAGCUCGAGCGACAGCAGAAAGAACUGGAACAGAAUGCCGAUCGUGUGUUCGACCUGCAGCAGCAAUCCGUUGGAUUAUCGACGUCCGUUGGUGGGGACACUUCGCUGGGAUCACGUUCCGCCCGGCUCACAGUCAACAGCACGGUACGUGGUAGCUCACUCUCCUCCCGAAGAAGCAGCGAAGACUCGCUAGAGGAAGAAGGGCGAAGUCUAAGGGAUCUGCGGCAUGAACUUAAGGAUGUCGAAGAACGUUUCCGCAAGGCGAUGGUCGCAAACGCCCAGCUGGACAACGAACGUGCCUCCCAGAACUACCAGAUCCAACUGCUCAAGGAUAAGCUGGAAGAGAUGGAAGAAUCCCACGCGCAGCUGCAACGUGAGCACAAAGAAAAAUGCCGAGAUCAUGAUGCCUUAAAACGAGCCAACGACAAGUUGUCCGAGGAGCUGAAGCUGGUCCAGGGCCAGUUGCAGGAGCGAGACACGCUGAUCGAGGAGCAGGGACUGGUGAUCGUGACGGUGGAAAACGAAGACGGUUCCGAUGCGCGGCGAGCCCUAGUCACAGCCGACAACGCCCAUCUAUUGAAGUCCGCCCAAGGAUCGUUAGAUGUUAGACUUAAGAAAUUCGCGGAGGAAAAGCAGGAGCUGCAGAACGACGUUCAGGCGCUACAGCAGCAGCUGAAGGACAUGAGAACGAAGGGAAGGAAGUACAGCGCCGUCAACGGAUCGCUGGACGACGAUGACUACGAAGAUGCACAAAGAGAAGCCAACAAACUCAUCACCGACUACAAAUACAAACUGCAGAAAGCGGAACAGGAGAUCGCUAAUCUGCAGGCCAGUUUAGCGCGGUCCGAAUCGCAAGUUAUCCGAUACAGAAGCACUGCCGAAGCGGCAGAGAAGGCUGAAAGCGAUUUGAAAAUCGAAAGGAGAAAACUUCAGCGUGAGAUUAGCUACGUCCACGCAACAAUCAUCAGCGAUGGAGAUCGAUCCACGGUCGAAAUUAGAUCGAUUCAUCCAUACAACUGCUCUGCUCUGAAAGACACAUCGGGCUGCUGUUCUAUAAAUAGCUCAACUAUGAUCAAUCAACUUUCUCCGCUGUCCGGUGGUCUAACUGGAUAAUGGAAGAAAAAUACAAUACAGAAUACUCUUACGCCUAAAUGGCUACUGUGUAAAUGUACCAUAUGCAAUGGUAUAGGAGGAAUACUGGCGAAUGGCAACUGUGUAAUGUAAUGUGCUAUAAUUAUAGAUAUGAUAACCAUGUGACAUAUGUACACGAUUAAAAUUCGGCUCUGUUACAGCUAAAAUGCUAAUGAGCCUGAAAUAAAUAAAUGGGAUAAAAAAAAAAAAAAUUAUGAAAACAGAUAGCAAACCUUUUAACUCUUAUAUGACACUAUGACUUCAUCUAAAUAGAAUGCUCAGAAACCUUGUUUCCGACUUCCAAAAGAAUAGAAAAGAGAUCUGCAUGGUGGAGUACGAUUACGAGUUAGUAUCACUGUAUAGCGGAGCGGCUCCGGUCAUACAUAACACGUUUCGGGCAAAUGCAUGAAGGAAUUCUCGAAAAGAAUAUACGGUGGAACUUCGAUUAUCAGCGAGCGGAUGAACCGCAGUACGGAUUAUCCGCGAAAGCGAGUUCUCGUGAUUCUCGUGAUUUUCUCGGAAUUCGUCAGUGAGUGGUAGGCUCUUGCUCUUUUGUGUUGAUGCUGCCUUUCACAUUAUCUGAACGCUGGUGUAGAGAAGCUUAUAGAUGGAUACUUCGAUGAUUUCUGUAUUGAUAAAACACAGUUUUCGUACUGAAAUAUCUUUUUUUAUAUCAGUUUUAGCACUUUAUUGCGUUAUCCGCGAUUUUCGUUAUCCACACUGACUUUGCCAGACUAUUCCGCGGAUAAUCGGGGUUCUACUGUAUUUUCCGGUGCCGGUACGUGCUGGAGCGCGUCUCAGCUUGGCUACCGUGUCGACAUCUGGUGGCAAUAUUCAUUUAGGCAGGUACAUCAAUCACUAUUGAAUAAGCAGGCCGAAGGCAGUUUUAAAUUGUUAAUAUUUGAAUGAACUCAGAAUCGAUUCACAAAAUCUUACGAAUACGGAUGAGAGCCAGUUCUGAAUAGUGAAGCUUCUUUUUGGUGGACUUCUUUCGCCUCGAAUGCCACAUCGACGGCUUCCUGUUCAUUAGGAUAGAUCUUCUCGUAUCCCUUGGCGUUUGAAUUCUUGAUAUACGCUGUCUGACACGGAUAAUAAAUCGAUCCAGAGGUUCCAACAUCCAUCAUGUACACCUGCGCGGGUUGCGGCGGAUGUGGUCGAUAAAGAAAAUUGUUGGAAAAAAGCGUUUCUCGCCAGAAUGCGGAACUGGUGGAACAUCUAUUUAAAAUCACCACAGAUUGCUAGUCAUCGCUCGCUCAUAAAGCUUCUCUUGCAAUUAACAUCCAUCGUUAACUAUCUACGUCGUACUUCUUGGUCAGCUUAAAGGCUUCACUUUAUCAAAAGAAGAGUUGAACGCGAGAUGCUCGAUAUAUUCAUUGUCACCACAUUUGCUUCAGCCGCAUCGUGUGAUGUUUGCUGCUCUUAAAACGCAUGAGUCAAAGAUGAAUACAUUUAUGCAAGCAAACAGUCUUAUUUUCUAACACAUUCUUCCAUU